UGGUAAGGACGAUGCGUCUGCCACUACUGCCACAUCUUUUUAGCCUCAGGUUCUAGUGUCGCAACAAUUCGACUUGAUGCCGUGAUCAAGCCCUGCAUCCCAAGUCUGGAGUGUGCUUGCGUAUCAUAUCCCCUCUUCGUCUUAUGUAGGCGAAGAAGUCUUGCCGCGCGAGAUCAAGUGUUCGUCUACUGAUUCGAGCAUCUGCCAAAGAUCAUGGAGCGAAAUGAGCCGGCGCCCAAGGGUGACUGUUCUGACAGCAGGCAUCCUGAGAGCUCCACGACCAAAUCGUGGUCGUAUCCCUUUCCGACCACAUGUGAGAUCAACGAAGAGCGUCAUAUCGACGAGCCUCGAAAUUUGCAGGUCGCCGUCAUUGGAGCAGGUCUGACAGGCAUUACAGCGGGAAUACUAUUACCGAUUAAAGUGCCUGGCAUAGACCUAACCAUUCUAGAGAAGAACGCUGACUAUGGGGGUACCUGGUUCGAGAACAUCUACCCUGGCGUGCGCUGCGACAUACCGGCGCAUGUCUAUCAGAGCACGUUCGACCCAAACACGCAAUGGACCGAAGAGUAUGCACAAGGCGCAGAGAUCCGCAAUUAUUGGCAACACCUCGCGCGGAAACACAAUCUCCCAGCGAUCACUCGCUUUAAGACAAAAGUUGAAGAGGCUCGAUGGUUUCCCGAUCUUGCAAAAUGGAAGUUGGUUCUCAAGGACCUCGUCGAUGGUCGUCAGCGUGCCGAAAGUUUCGACUUUGUCAUUACUGCUAUCGGCGUUUUCAACAACUGGAAACUCCCAGAUUAUCCAGGAAUGGAUGAGUUCGAAGGUCCGAUCAUUCAUUCGUCGAACUGGACCCCUUUUGAUGCGACGGGAAAGCGAAUUGCUACUAUCGGGAACGGAGCAUCAGGCAUUCAAGUCACUACCGAGCUGCAUAAAAUUGCUGCUCACGUGGACCAUUAUGCUCGCAGCCGCACUUGGAUAGCGGGAUCAUUCGCACCUGGCGUUCGGGAUCGUCAGGACAUGCCGAUGGUCAUUCCAGUUGAAAAACGGGAUUCUUUCAACGACGCCGAGAUCUACCUGAGUUACCGAAAAGAAGUCGAAGCCACGUUCUUCCGCUCAUUCGACGGUUACUUGCUCGAUUCAGAGGUCAACAAAAACUCCAGAGAGAAGUUUACAGAAAUGAUGCACAAUCGACUUGUCAACAAGCCAGGACUUCUGGAAAAACUGUUACCAGAUUUCCCACCAAAUUGUCGCAGACUCACGCCUGGUCCCGGGUACCUCGAAGCCCUCACGAAACCUCACGUGGAGCUGAUCCAAACGCCCAUCGAGAAGUUUACCUCGAAGGGAAUCAUCACAACGGAUGGACAACUUCGCUUAGCAGACGCGGUGAUAUGCUCUACCGGAGCUAAUAUAAACCGAGCUCCGCCAUUCCCCAUUAUUUCUGGAGGUUUCGAUCUUUCACGCGACUGGUCGCCAGAUGGUAAAUUCGGCUGGCCGUAUACGUACCUGGGAACGUACACACCAGGGUUCCCCAACCUUGCCUUUCUACUCGGUCCCACUGCAAGCGGCGUUUCCGGGACUGUGCCAUACGCCGUAGAGACACAGGUAGCGUACAUCGCCAAAAUGCUUCGCAAGAUCUCAACGCAAGGCAUAUCUACUGUGGUACCGUCAAAAGCGGCGACUGAUGACUUUGUCGCUUGGUGCGACGCGAUGUUUCCUCGUAUGACCCUCAGCCAGAAUUGUAGCUCUUGGUCUAACGGCGGUAAGGCUGGAAAAAGAAUCCACGGGCACUGGCCUGGGAGUGCACUGCACCUCAGUCAUGUACGCCGAGAGCCACGAUGGGAGGAUUUCGAAUACACAUACGAAAACAAAACAAAUAGAUUUGCGUAUUUCGGAGCCGGGCAGACCAAGAAAGAAAAAGACCAUGACAGCGAUGUGACACUACACCUUCGACUUUCCGAGGCUAAUGACCUGCGAGACCUGCAUGAAAGAUGGUGGGACGUGUGAAGCUGCUCAAAACACAAACGGGGCAAAUCGCGGUGUCAUAAAUACCGACCUCAGUGACAUCGCUUGCCAAACGAUUCAGAAGAUCCGAUUUUGCGAUUGUUUCGAUGUCGAUUUCAAUCAAAACGAGAAACGUGUCGUUUUAUGACGAAACAUCGAUCGCGUAUCGAAUAUCGAAU